AUGAGGAAGGACGACACUUUGACUAUUCAGGAUCAGUUUGCGGAACUGAGCAGACUUCAACUGCAGGCGCUGUGCGUCAAGGCAGGACUUGAUUCCACAGCAGAUAAUGAGGAACUCAAGAGGAUUUUACAAGUUCACCGGAAUCAGCACCAAGGACAGGACCGUCAGGAACACGAAGCGGUGACCCAACAAAAGCAUAUCGCUAUGGAAUCGCCAGCGACGACAACAAUCAGGACGACUACUACUAUGACUAUGACGGAGACGACCGCGGAUGUUAUGCAGGACGUAACAGGCACUACAGAUGCGAUGAUGGAAGAUGCGACAGACGCUGAGACCACCAUCAGGAAUGCUGUGCAGGAAACUAUCACGGAAGUAGAUACCCAAGCGAUCACCACCACCACUAUCAAGGAGGAGGAGGAGGCCGUCGUUGUUGAGGGAAUGUUAGGGCAUCCAUUAGUGGAAAGUUCAUCGUGUGUCAAAUCGGAGGAGGAAGACCCUGUUAUAAAGCAAGAGGAAGACCAGGCUAAGGCCUCGUACAAGGAGAUGGAGACAGGGAUACCGUUGUCGGAAGUGAAGGUGGAGGAGACAUCGGUGCCUAUCGCAGAGCGGAAGCAGUUCUGGGAGGCAAGGUCGACUCCAACCACGCGCUCAGCACUACCUGUUAGCUCAACGAGUAUUCCAAGAGCAACUCAAAAGAGAACUCGCCCAAUGGAGGAAGACGAUGGACAUGUCGAGGUCAAGAAGGAGGAAGGACAGGAUGACCACAGCAAUACACUCCCGACUCCAGGAACGGUCCGUAGUCUGAUCGGCAAAUUUGCAGGAUCCACACUCACACCUCCAGGAUCACCCGCAAACAAGAGACAAAAGAUGGACACACCCAAGAGCUCUCCAGUUCCGGCCGCAGCACCGACGAUUCCCAGAUACAAGAAGAUCAUCAAGAUCCCAGCGGCUGGUUCCUCGCGCAGCAAGAGUCCCUAUACUAUAAGCAGCCUAAACCGGUCUACAAACAGCAGCUCUUCGAAAUCUGCUGCUGGAGCGAGACGAAAGGUUCAUUCUGAUCCGGCUUCUUCUACGUCCGCUAAUCAAUCCACACCGACACCAGCAACAGCAAAAAAAUUGGGCGUGGCCAAGCCAGUGUCCGCAGAAACGAUCAAUCGCCUUGCGACACCGAAAAAGGUUAAUGCAGCCCCCACUCAUACUGCCGCGAAAGCAGUUGUGGCAUCCUCAUCGACUGCUGCAUCGUCUGCGCCAACUCGACCCAGGGGCCCCGUCCUUUCUACGGCAUCACGCGCAGCACAGCGCCGCAGCCGCGAGAAGAAGUAG